CUGGUUACAGAUAUCGGGUUUCAUUUCGACGGCACGACGCAGAUAUUGUUUCGUUUCACGGAAAUCUUCGGUUCGAGCAAUUACUAUUCACGGCCAACCGGUUAUCUGACGCUGACAUUUUCGACCAACGGCCUGUCGACCUAUUACCAACUGGUGUUUCAGUGGAUGAACAGAAAGUAUGAUUUCGUUAUCAAUCUCUAUCUGAUUCCUGAAGGACUCCUGCUGACGGUAAACGACGAUUUCGUCUCACUGAAUCACAAAUUCCUCGGUAGUUUUGCCGAUGGUAACCGCCAUCACUUCUACAUGCGCUUCUUCCCGACGUACAUUGCAGCUAACGUCGAUGAUAUGUACGGUGAACUGUCGGUCAUGGACCUGGAAUUUUUCCAAGGAGGAGACUUCAUAAUUGGUGGAGGUUAUACGCUACCUCUACAGCCGGAAGGAAUUAACUAUACGGGAUGUAUAUCAAUAGUGGCAAUAUCGUUGACGUUGAUCGUCCUAGCUGUACUGCUAUUCGGAUUGAUCUAUUACUGCCGACGCAGAGUAGCUCAUGGUGACACCUACGACACACAAGAAAACUACAAGAAAGGUCAAGACCAUUUCGACGAAAUUGGCCCAGAAACGCCUUUGGUGGAUCCGACUGAUCCUGAACAAAGUUUGAAGAGAAAAGGAUCAAAGGAUAUAAGCGAAGGCAGAAACGGAAAGGAUGUAGGAAAGAUGUCGCCAAAGCACUCGCAGAGUGACAAGCCACGGUUGGUAUCGUCAGGAGCAUACGAUUACAGUUCGGACGACAUGAAAUAUGUGGAUGACAAUGAGAAACGUCUGUCACAUGAGUAUCCGCCGCCAACGCCAUUAAGAAAAUUUAAAAGGAUCGUCUAA